AUGGAAGUCGUAAACAUUCCGGAGAAGGGGCGAGGAAUGAUCGCCACCGAGGACCACAAGGAAGGAAAAGUGCUGCUUGAAGAAGAGCCAAUUUGCUCAGCGCAAUUCAGUUGGGGCCGUAAACUCGGCUACAGUUGCUGUUUCCACUGUAUGUAUCCGCUUGAAGAGCCGGACCAGUGCAUUGCCAGGCUAACGCAAGGACAGAUCAUCUCUCUUCCUGAGAACAGCUGGACGACGAACGAAUACGAAAAGCCCAGUCCGGUCGCAUGCCCGAAAACAGGAGUGUUAUACUGUUCGGAAACAUGUCUCAAGAAAGCAGAUUACGAUUACAUGCGCUUAUUGCUUCCGAACUGGGAGGCAGUAGAAGAAGUAGAGGAUUUGUGGAGAGACAUGAAUUUUCCCCGGAAGAGUCAAGCGUCAUGA